UACUGAAGUACUGACAUGUCAACACCUUCAACCCAAUCGUGCUUAGGAAGACAUGGGUGCACAAAUUGGUGUGGGGGGAUCUUGUGCGAUACAACCAGAUCCCGCUUCAAAUAUUGUGGUAUAUCGGUCCGAUCCAUAUGACCGACUUCAGGCGUGCGUGUACCAGCCGUCUCUCAUAUCAAGAGAAUUUGGGGUAAAAGGAUCACAUGAACAACGUCCUUCUAGCAUCAGUGGAAGGCAUCUACAAAUCCCCUUUCCCUCCAUCACUCGAAUACCUCCUGUGCCAUCACGUCCUUCACAUCAAAGAAAGCUAGGUACUCUUUAACUUCGCAUGUUCGGCCUUUUGCAAGUAGUGAUUCCCCCCUGAUAUAGAUUGCACGUAAGUAAUGGAAAAUAGGUGUAACGGUGAGUUCGUACGGUUAUAUGUGUGUAAUCAAUAAACCCCAGGAAUAAGCCUGUAUCUCACUUUCUUUGCCCA